AUGUUCGCUACCGACGCGACCCUAGAACUGCAACGAAUUACUCAAUCCCCGGAAUCUGACGUGGUUGGCAGCAAUUUCGACCUGGGAUACGGAGCCAUGCUAAUAGCUGCCACCGAAUAUCCUGACGUCGACAUUGAGGCCAACCUGUCCAAUCUCGAUCGUAUGGCUGAAGCUGUUCAAUCUCGCAUCACCCAGGACUCCUCAUCUCUGCAACAACUGAACGUGGUAACCGACCUGCUUUUUGGAGUCAUCGGUUUGGACGGCAACCGGGGAUAA